UUUUUUAGUAACACAAACAUAACCUAAAAUUGACGAACAACAUAACCUACAUCAUUUAUACAAGUAUUUCACAAAAACGUGUUAUUAUUAUUUCGUUUAAGCAUGUCUCGCCCGGAACAUUUAGCACCCCCGGAAAUCUUUUACAAUGAAACCGAGGCUAAAAAAUACACACAAAACACCCGGAUUAUCGAAAUUCAGGAGCAAAUGUCUGAGCGUGCAAUCGAGCUAUUAUUACUUCCGGAAGACACCCCAUGCUUUUUACUUGACGUUGGUUGUGGUUCUGGGCUUAGUGGAGGUGUUCUCGAAGAACAGGGCCAUUAUUGGGUUGGUAUGGACAUUUCCACACACAUGUUAGAUGUAGCAACAGAAAGGGAAGUUGAAGGUGAUUUAAUGCUUGUUGAUAUGGGGCAAGGAUGUCCAUUCAAAGCAGGAGCUUUCGAUGGGGCUAUUAGUAUAUCGGCUUUGCAAUGGUUGUGUAACGCUGAUAAAACUGCUCAUAAACCGGUGAAAAGACUUUAUAAGUUUUUUAGCACUUUAUAUGCUUGUUUGAGUCGUUCUGCAAGAGCUGUUUUGCAAUUUUACCCCGAAAAUAGCGAACAAAUGGAAUUAGUAACCGCACAAGCCACAAAAGCAGGAUUUUACGGCGGAAUUGUUGUCGAUUAUCCAAAUUCAACUAAAGCCAAAAAGUUUUUCUUAGUCUUAAUGACCGGAGGAAAUGUUCCUUUACCAAAAGGGCUAGGAGCAUCAGAUAAUUCAAAUACUGUGGAUUACACAGGGAGAAGAGAAAAAGCGAAACAACAAAGAGAUAAACCUUUAAAAAAUUCGAGGCAAUGGAUUUUAGAAAAGAAACAAAGAAGACGUAAUCAAGGUAAAGAGACUAGAAAAGAUUCAAAGUUCACCGGGAGAAAGCGAUCUGGAAGAUUUUAAAAUUAUUAAUUUUUGUAAUAAAGUAAGUUGUAAAUAAAUCAAUU